AUGGAUUUUUACAACGACUACAAAGACAGAAUAGUUUGGCCAGCAGCUCCAGGCGUUGUGUUUAUUUUGUUUUCAGUAAUUGUUGGCAUCUUUGGGAAUACAAAUAUUGUCUUGGCUACAUUUCGGAAUAGGUAAUACUUCUUUUUACUUUUGUUUAUUCAUAAUAUAGCAUUUUAUCUACUUGAACAUUUUUGGCAGUAGAAAAGAUGACAUUUAUUUUUGUUUUUGGAUUACAAAGGUUAGAAAUCAUAAUAUAAUUUUAUAAAAAUACAAUACUUUUUACCGAGAAGUUACAGUGUUUCAAUGUAUAAUAUAAGGUCACAAAGAUCACAUGCUCCUUUAGUAUGUAAUCUUUAUUUAGGCUAAAGCCAUAUUUGAGAGCUAAGUCGCUGAAGAGGAGUGUGAGGAGAGCUUGGCUAAGAGAAUUAGACCUAGAAAUUUUAAAUUUAGGGGCUUUAGCUAAAAAAACAAUUUUUUUUUGUUAAAAACAUAGAAUAUCGUUCAUUACUUUACAACAUAUAUAUAAUACACUAUGGGAAUUUCUUGUUAGGAAGAUACGUCAAUUUAUAAUAUAUACAAAAAAAACUAAUUAGUUACAUAUAACAUUGCUUAUAACUCGGCAUUUCCGGUCUCACGUUCACAAAUUGCCAAAUAGCUUAAGAUAAUAGAGUUUCAAAGCUGACUGUAAUAUAUGACAAAAACGAGUUCGUAUGUAGAUUUAUACAUUACAUUGCAAUUCAUUGUAUAUGUGAAAUUAUAUAUAAUAGAUGAAUAUGAGACAUAAAUGAUGACAUUAGAAAAAGUUAACAACGGUCAAAAAUUAGCAAAAAAAUGCAAUACAAUUUUAAAAUGGAACCCUUAUGUAAAAAUUUUUUAACUUUUAUUUUUCAGCAGAACCCGCCAAUCAGUUCAUAUUUUAAUCGCAGCUACAGCCUUCUCUGACAUUGUACAUCAGUUCUCUCAUGUCAUUUUUGCUUUUGAAUUCUUCACUUUAAACACGUUUAACAGCCUCAACAACUGCUUUUACCUACAGGUUUUGUCAUUCUGUGGAAUGAACUUUGGAUCCUUCUCUUACUUUACCAUCGGGUUGGAUCGGUUGAUAUGCGUGCUUUUUCCAUUACGGUAG